UUUUGACUCUGUGGUCUGUUUCUGGGGCGAUGUAGAAACUCUCACAGGCAGCUUCCUCCUCGGCUGAGCAUCAGUCUGCUGCGAAGACGCCACACUGCCGGACGUCCAGACUGCAGCAGGUUCGACUGCAGCCAUGAGUCGCCGGCGGAUCUCGGUCAAAGAUCUGGGGGUGUUGGACUGUCAGGGCUGGCUUCUCCGCAGGAAGGGGGGCCGCAGUUUCCUGGGAAGUAAAUGGAAGAGAUACUGGUUUGUCCUGAAGAAGAGUUCUCUGUACUGGUACACCAACGAGAUGGCGGAGAAAGCAGAAGGAUUCAUCAACCUGUCCGGCUUCACCAUCCAACAGGCCACACAGUGCAGGAAGAAACAUGCCAUGACAGCCAGUCAUCCUCUAGUUGUGACCAUUUUCAUCGCUGCAGAGAGCUUCACUGACAUGAACAAGUGGAUCAGUAAACUGUCCGAAGCAGCCGAGCCGUGUGAACUGAUCAACGCCGAAGAGUGCUACAGCGAAGGCAGCGAUCAGGAUGCUGACGAGUGUGCGGCCACUUCCUGUUCUCUGAACUGUGAGCAGGAAACAGUUGAUUCUGAAAAUGGAGACGUUCCUCAGCCUCUGGGUGAGUCGUCCCCCUGCACCUCCACCCCGCCCGCUUCACCGACCGGUGAAAACAGAAGAAGAAGCACCUUGGAGGGGGGGACUUUAAGUAGAAACAGAAGAGGAAGAAGAAGAGUGUCAUCAGAGGGCGGUGAACGCCUGUCCUUACUGGACCCGGCCGGGCCUGACGGAGCGUCCCUCCCUCUGAUCCACGUCGGAGGGACGGAAGACGAGGACGUCCACGAGAAGCCCGCUGAUGAGAUGGAGUGCCUCUACAACGACCUGAAGGCCGCCAGCUUGUCUCCGAUUGGACAGUCCAGUCGGAGGGACUUCAGAGCGUCGUUCGUCAGACGAUGUCAGAACGACAAAGUCAAUGAAAAGCUUCACCUGCUGCGGAUCCUCCAAAGCACACUGAAGGCCAAAGAGUCGGAGCUGCUGGCGUUGGAGCAGAUCCUGACAGCCCCGACCCUUGCGGCGGCCACAUACAGGAAGUGGAGACUCUCCAACGCCGUCAUGGUGCAGGAGAUCGCUCAACGCAACCAGGCAGCAGGAGGCGCUGCAGAGCUGCGAUAAACUCCUUCCUCGCUGAAACACCGCUGGGUGAACUGGGACCAAACUGCUAAACACGUGAUUUCCAUCCAGACGGCAGUGGUGGAAAUUAACUAAGAUCAUUACUCAAGUCCUGUACUUAAAGGGUAACUUCUCAACCUGGACACUAUUUUCCUGUGUUUGUGACGAUGGAGCAACAAUCUUUGAAAUUGGUCCAGUAUUAAGCGAGAAACAAGCUGCAAUAUAACGUUAAAGGGCAGUUGUGCACCGUCAGUUUUGUGUCCACUAAAAGUGCUGUUUUUGCCGCUGACAGGCUCAGAUUAUUAUUAUUAUUUAUAGAUAUAUUAUAUAUCAGUGUCUGUCAACAUU